AUGCUCCUCUCCUCUCCUCCUCCCCACACACUGACCACAACCAACACUGCUCCUCCUCCUCCUCCUUCCUCCUCCUCCACACACUCUGACCACAACACACACUCCUCUCCUCCACCUCCACACUCUGUCACCACACGCCUCCUCCCUCCUCGCCUCACUGUCAAACCACAUGCUCUCCUCAUCCUCCUCCUCAACUCUUCUCACCACACACACUGCUCUCUCUCCUCCUCACUUGUCCACAACAUACACUGCUCCUCCACCUCCCCUCGCAUCACACUCUCCACAUACCACACUGCUGCCUCCUCUCUCCCCUCACACACUCUGUCCACAACAUACACUGCUCUCCUCCUCCCCUCCAUCACUCUGUACCACAACAUACACAAUGCUCCCUCUCCGCUCACCUACAAACACCGAUCCCCACACACACACUCCCCUCCCUCCUCCUCCUCCACACACUCUGUCCACACCACACACUGCUCCUCCUCCUCUCCUCCUCCCUCACUCCCAAUCACACACGCUCCUCCUCCUCCUCCACUCGCGUCUACGCUCUGA